AUGUCUCUAUGCACCCAACAUUAUUCAUGCUCACAUGUCACACUUGCCGAUUGCGAAAAUAGCUGGGAAUUUUUGAAAUGCGAACAUCUUUCAAAAAAUGUGGAAAUUAUGCAUAAUUGUUUUUGUUUACGAUCACUGCUUAAGAAUGCGACAGAACGAGAACUUUUAUUGUUACCCACGCUUAGUUAUCAAAACGAUGAUCCACCGAGCAAUAUUCGCUUACGAAUUCUUCUCGAAAAUUUGCAUUGUGAAUUGGCCAAAGCAAGUAAUGUUACAAUAGAAGUGGGAAAUCCGAAUUUUUGGUUGGAAAUUACCGCUGGUAUCGAUCAUUCAGUUCUCAGAAAGCAUUCCACUAAGGAUCAUCAAAAAUCAAGUAAUGUGGAUGAUGGAAGCUUUUGCCCUACACGCGUUUACGUUUCACGGCUUUCACCAUGGCGUGCUGUUAUCAUUGUUCUACUAGUAAAUCCUCAACAUAUACUAAUGGCAACUUCUCUCAUCGCGCCGACACUACCGCUUCUUAUUUUUCAUUGUGAUGAACCAUGGAUAGCUCAUCAUUUGGCUCGAAGCGAGCCAUGGCGAUGUGAGACAUAUGUAUCGGAUCAUCGUACCAAAAGCCCAACUUCAACAUUGGCACAUUUGAAUCGACAGAUACGGAAAACUGAAAAUUUCACAAAAAUGAUAAAGAAUGAAUUGGAAUUACAUUGGUUGUCAAUUUCUCGGAUUAGUCCAGCCGAAAAUCGUGUUCAUACAUCUUUUGACUUACACUCUUACUGUGAAGCUAUCGAGGACCAACUGUUUUCUCGAGCACUUAUUGGAGCGGUAUAUCACUGUUUGUUACAAGGUGUUCAUAUUCCGUACGAAGAUUUGGUGGAAGUGUUGGAAGAUCGUUGCGAACAAUCGGAUAUCGAAGUUGAGGGCAUCGAUGAGUGCGUCCGUUUCCUAUGCUCUCAUGUUGCAAAUAUACGUAAACAGAUGGGAGAUUCGGCAGCGGAUGCGGACGAUGAGACAAGAAGCAAUGAUUUCUUCAAGGAUGAUAUUUCAUACCGAUUAAAUGAUGGAGAUGGGAAGUCCUGUGAGGAAGAACAAGAAGAUUUUCGAUUCGCAUUUGAUGAGCUUCUUUCACAGAAUUUCCGAAAAAUUCCCAAUUUUCCGAGCUACUUCUAUUUUGUUCGGGACAAUACAACACAUUUAGCAAAUAAGAACAUAACGAUAAAUAUGCCCGAUACGAAGAAUUUUACUAAUGGCAGUUCACCCUGUGAAGAUUUGGAAAUUUGCUACAUUGAAGAUGAAGAUGUGGACGAAGAAGAUGAUAGUGCAAGAAGCGAUCAAUCAAGUAUCAGCUUCGAAUCAGUUACUACACCAGACUUAUCCGGUGGUGAAACGUUUCAUUUAAGUGAUAAUGCUGCCGUACCAUUAUUCUUGAAUUUCUCUUGUGCAAUACGUUUUUCUAACAUGGAUAUGUACACAUUUCCUAUCGAUCAUUUACCAUCCUGUGUUAUGCAACUACUGAAGCAGUGUUCCAAUAUUUCAAAAAGAAAUUUUGCAGCAAUGGAUUUGAUCGGAAUUUCGUUUGACAUCUAUGUUCUGUCGUGGCCUAUGCGACACUUUACCUUAACACAAUCUGAUUCGUGUGCAGUUACACCAAAAACGCCGGAUAAGUCGUCGGAAUCAUUUCACAAAUUUACUUACUUUGAUUUCGAUAGUCCUUAUUCUGCGACAACUUCUGAUAUCAUUAGCCAACUCCCAAAUCCUGAAAAUGAAGCAGUUCGUCGUUUGGAAUGUGGAAUUACACGUUUACUUCAUAUGGAAACAGUGUUUGUGUUAUCAAGAUAUGAUGAUGUGACCCUUGACACUCUGCACAAAGUAAUGGUAUUCAUUGCCAAAGAGCAACGUGAGAAGAAUGAUACGGCCCGGUUCAAAGUAAAAUUAUUACAACUGGUCAUGGUAAUGGAACAGGUGAAAGCUGUACGCCGUCUGAAAGAGCGUGUUAAAAACUUUGAUCUGCUCUACUGUAAACUGGAAGCGCAUCCGGAAUCGAGUAACUUGUUUUAUUGCUGUCACGUGGCAGAUGUUGAUCUUUAUGAAGAAACCUUGAGAAAGCAAGUACAUACUGCGGCGAGUGUAACACUGAAGUCAUCGCGACGAAGUAGUGGCAGCUUCACAGAACGUAUAGAAGAACAGAGAAGCAUGUCAGUGGCAAGAAAAGUUUCAAGUAUGGAAUUACUGAAUACCAAGAUUUCACGGGAAAAACUAACAAGACGAAGAGACAGUAGUGUACCGAUUUUAAAAGCUGAUCGUAGACUUUCUGAGGACUAUGAAUAUCCUUCAACAAUUGCAGAACGGACUCGUUAUAAUGAUCAUGACUUAUGUGAUUUCUGGAUUAUUUUAAAUGUCGAAAUGCAACAGAUACAAGCAUUCUUUUGCGAAAGGUAUGCACAUCAUCAUGAAAAGAUUUUUGGGCUCCUCUUAGAAGCAAUACAGAAAGAAUGCCAUACCAUAAAUCAGGAACUUUUGCUGGAAAAAAUGCAUUCAGUUAGCGAAUGCGACGAUUUAUUAAUCGAAAAUGAAACGGAAUCGCAUAAAUUUGUCCCCUCAGAUUCGCAUAGUUCAAUCCCUGAUACAAAAUUGACUCGUUCUUUGAUACAUAAGUGCAAAGCACCACGAAUCAAGAAGAAUUUCAGCUUUUCUUAUUCCGAUGAGGAUGAAAUGGAUGCUGCAUCCUAUAUGCCAGCACGGGUCUUUUAUCCUCCUGGUCAUUUUGCUUGCCGAAUCGUAACGCAUCACUGGUUUUACAUACAUCCUCGAUUGCAUAUCGAAAAGAAAGGGGCAGGAUGUUCUCUAGUGAUGGGAUAUGAUGCGUUGUGUCAAGGGAUUGAACAAUUCGCAGUCCGAAAUCGGCGUAACUUAUAUGUUUGUUGUGAAGAGAACAAACGAAAUGUAUUUUACAUGCAGCUUUUUGCUAGUGAGGACAGUUUCAGAAGAAGGUGUUUACAUUGUGAUACAAAGUUCAUUGAUGAGAUGGUUGAAAAAUUUCAAAAUAAUGUGUUGUUGACAGUUCACGGAAUUCAUCAACCCACCAUGAUAAUUCAAUCAAUUGUGGAUGCUAUGCAAAAACGACUCGAACUAAAAGUACUCGAAGAGUUAACAGAUAUUUUGUACAAAAACCCACGGACUCGGCUAACAACAGCUGAUGUCGAAUUUAUUCAACGGGAUCCUGCCAAGCCGUCUGCAAUACAUUACUGCACUUUACCGAACUAUAUUUAUGGUUAUUUGGGAUCACUCUACUAUUACAUGUACCAACAGAUGCUGACAUUUACAGCAGGAGCUCGAUUUCGCGACUGUAGCGGUGGUUUGAAUAGAAAUAGUCCGUUGUCGCACGAACGUUUUCAUUCACUUUCCGGUUCUCAGCCGGCUUGCAAUAAUUAUAUUCCACAUUUCUUCCUAAUAAGCAAGCCACCCACAAAGGGUUCUUCGAAUAUGGGAAUUGCUUGUACUGAGACGCGUAUAGUGGAUUCGAACGGUGAUUGCAUCGAUUCGUUGAAAUAUGCACGGAUUAGUCCAAGUACCCACUCGAAAUUGUAUCCAGGGGGUGGUAAAUUUCGUCUUUCAUCAAAUGAACGUUUUCAUGAACUGACACGUUGUAUCACGACGUCACUCCCUUUACCAGAAUCACUGCUUUCCGAGAAAACAGGUGGCGUAUCAUAUUUAGUUCAGUAUACAAUUUGGCAAGUGGGCGAUGUUGGCUUAGCAACUUUGCAACCAAUAUUUCGACUAGCCUUGCAACAGGCGCUCUGUGAUUUAAUCAGUGAAUUUGGCCUUCUAAGUAUUCCUUUAGUAGAACUUACUACCACCAGUCGUUAUUCAUGUUCAAAUACGCCGAUCUUGCCAUACAUGGCAAGUGAAGAAAGAAUGAGAUUCUACAGUGAUGCGUCGCAAUUAAAUCUUGUGGCAAAACCAUUUCGAAAAGCUGAAUCGCAUAUACAACCACCACUUCUGGAACAGUCGCCGCAACCAGUUUCCCGGAAAUCAAAAAGUUCUUCAAACAGCAGUGAUUGUGAAUCGAACGUCUCAGUCAAUUAUCAGUUUAUUACGGUAGCUGCAAAGUGGUUCGAUCAUGUCGUUUCGGAAGUAAAAAAUACGGAACACCAAUUUUCCGUCAAAAGACAUACAUUUCACUGUGAAAGCGAUCAUUCUGUUCGAAAGGUGAUCUUUACCGUUAUACAAGAUAAAUUAUCUGUCAUUCUGAAGCACGAAACCAUCAUAAUAUGCCAAUUAGAAGCGCAUGGUUCGAAGCGCUUUUCAACUCAAAACUCGUUAAAUGACAAUGUCGUAACUUUCAGUAAUGACAGUGGUCGGAUAGUUGCAGGCGAAAACGAGGAGCCUUCGCUAAUAAUGCUUGCCUAUAACCACCAUUAUUCAGAGGCGAUAUUGAAAUAUGGCGCAGAUUCACGCUCAAACAUUAUACCAACAGCUGUGGAAGAAGUCUUGCAUGAUCAAAAAGCUAGCUCAAUGCGUUUUUUACCGCAAAUAGCUCCAUUUGUUCCAAGGCAGCAUUUGUUAUAUCUGUUAUCGAAAGGUGAAACGGCCACCUUAUAUCUGUACAAUUAUUCGUCGGAUGCCGCAGAACAGGUUUAUCAAAUGGUCGCAAAUGUAUUAUCAUGGCAGAAUGCCCGAUCAAGACUACUUCGAGAAAUUGGUUUGCAUAAAAUGGGUGUUACCCAUUUAUCUGGUCGAAUCACUCCAACAGGUGAAGAGCUAGUUUGGCUGAAUAGUGAGCUACUGAGUGAAUAUGAAAUUCCGCAGCAUGGAUCUGUGCAUUUCGAUAAAAGAUUAGUGAGCGGAAUGCACUACAUCCAAGCUGAACCAUUAAUGCAUCUCUAUCGGUAUACAACCUUAUCCUUUUUGCCGCUUAAUUUGAACAGUGAUAACCUUUUCGAAGAUCAAUGCUCUCAAAUGGUUUUUAUUGAAAAACAGAUGAGAUCAAUGCUUCACGACUGUGAGAAGUUCAAUCGGAUACACGGUGAAUUGAUGAGUGGUUCUCAUGAAAUCAAGGAAUCUGAUUUACUAAAAAUUAUUUCUCAUAGCCGGGUAGUACAUUUUGUUCGGUCACCUUUGUUACUUUUCCCGAAGUGGCGUAAAUUAGUAGCAGUUGUUCGAAGUGGAACUCAAAAUACAUUGAGUUUUAAACGGGCAUUAGUAGCCGAUUCACCUUCGAGACAUGUCAGUGGCUCGAAAAUGUCUCUUCUCGAAAACUCUUCAUCAAUAUCACAUAUGCGCGCAACACGUUCAAAUACCUUCAGCGCAUUAUUACAUUCUUCCGAUCUGACGAUACGAAAGUUAACAAAAAAUUUAGAAGAGGACGAACCAUGUUGUCUGAAGAUACAGUUUAUGCUUGUUGAGAGUUAUGUGAAAUAUCUAACGAGGAAUGGACUAACAUUGUUGGAUGUUACAACUGUUAGCCCUGUAACACGACAGGCGGGUGCUCGUUACAGUUUGCAUUACGAUAUGCAGAAUACCGAAUCAUCACCUAAUGUUUGGAUGUAUAAAGCUUGUGAUGGUGGUAUUUUAUUUGUUCAUAUUACGAUAAUUGAACCACAUUUUAGCGUUCAGUAUUUAUUAUGGAAUGUUGCACAAUUAAAUCGGUUGAAAAUUAAAUGUGAUAAGAACUUUGAUUAUAACGAUCAAAGAGACCUUUAUGCGUUGAAGGAUAGUAUUAUAUCAAAGGCUCACGUUCAUUCGUUCACCUAUGAUUUCCAUUUACGUAUGGUUGCCACAUAUUUGAUCGGUGGACAACAGGUUCUCUUCAAUUACGGAUACAAUACAAACGAGUUUUUAACUGAUUUUUUGCGGUACUAUAAUUGUCGCCCACCUUAUGCUUGCAAUUGUAUAUACGAAGAAAAAAUAACAUUUCCUAAUUUACCAGUAACAAACCAGAAGGUUUGGGAAUAUUUGUUGGAUGAAAAACGUCAUAACUGGCGCAUAGUACGUUUGAGAACAAAUGAAAUGGAUAUGCCUGGGCAAUUUAUGAUUGUUACAGAAAAUGAUACAGAUUGUUUUGGAUUAGCUUAUAAGGAAAUUCGAGCAGUAGUUCAUGAAAACCAACUUUAUGCUACAAAAACACUGAAUAUAAAAUUUUAUGUUAUGCUGGUUUCGCAUGAAGAAAGUUUUUUUUCUAUUUCUGAUCCACUGGUCGGAUGCUCAGAGAUAGAUGCGAAUUGUAAAUGUGAUGCAAAAAUAAGUGAAUUUCAAAAACUCUCAGGCUUAAGUGAUACGGACAGUUAUCGAAAAAGUGUUGAAGGCAUUGCAAUGCAGGACAGUGCCAAUAGUGCACCGAUCGCUUAUACUAGGCGAAGAUGUCACAGUGGAGACAAUAAUGGAUCAACAGUGGAAGCAGCACUUCCGCGCAAUUAUUCAAACGGAAUAAAAUUAGAUGAGCGUCAUCCAGUAUCAAAGGAAAAAACACAGAUAUCAAAGGGAAAAACACAAAAAUUAUCUAUUCAAAACAUUGCACCUUUGAGGCAUCGCAAAACACGACCAAAUUUCCGAGGCGGUAUCAGGCUAUCGGAUCCACCAACAAUAUUGCCACGUGAGCAAACAUUUUACGUCUACUACAUAAGUAGACGGCAAAAAAGAUUGCAAAAAGAACUGGAGGAUAGUGUAAUGCAUUAUAAGCGAAAGUUACAAAUGGUAAUUGAGGAUGCCGUAUGGCAUUGCAAAAGAAAUCAGCUUUGGGAUGACAUGUUAGAAAAGCAUGUAACAAAACGUGAAACCGUUGAAAUGACCGAACAGUGGAAGAUACUAGCUCGUCAUAGUAGUGAUGUAACCGCAGUGUUACGGCUAGCACUUUCAACAUCUCUUACAACAGCAGAUCUGGAUAAUUUAUUGGGUUAUGUUAAAUUUGAAUCCUUGAAUAUUUACGAACCAUUAUUGGAUUCACUAGUCAGUAAUCUGAAUCCUGGGCUCUUCUUUAAGUUACUUAUUCAACAUUUUGGUCUGCAAAAAUGUCGAUUAUUCUGUUCAUCCGUGAAGGAGCAUCUUGUGAUAAUCACUCCUGAAGCUCAACAGGACGUAUUUCUUUUCACGGCUCAGAAUGAUGAACCUUUACAGAUGAAAUUGCUUGCGAAGGAGCGCAAAUGUAAUGAAUCUGGAUCACUGUUGAUGGAGGCAGAUCAUACAGUGCGAGAGCAAUUCAAUGAAUUAGUUCGUUGUGCUGCUUCUUCUGCUUGGAUGAGUUUAGUGCACAUUAGUUCAUCAAUAAACUGAAAUGAUGAAAAGGGGACAAGAACUAGAAGAGAUUAAUUUUCAAGGUUUUAUUCUCGAGAUAACUUGUUUUUCUACCCAAUUUUUUAAAAUAAAGCAUGCAUCAAAAGGCCAAUGAUCAAAGUUAGC